GGUGGCCCUGGGCAGGGGAGAAGGUAGGACACGGCUGCUGCCUGUACCUCUGUCCCCACUGCUGUCCUCUUCAGCUGGGACUGGCAGGGGGCACAGCACACAGGGGCUGUCCGAGCCCCCUCCUGCCCAAAUCAAAGCGUUUCCCUGGUCUUGACAGCAACUGGGGGGGAUGACAUUUAAUGUCUGGGGGCAUGUUGUUGCAUCGUUUCCCAUCUUGACUGUCCCUGGGGGUACAGAGCUGGCCGAGCCUUGGGGACACACUCCUUGGAUCGGGGGUUCCUGGUGAGGGGAGGUGGGGGCACAGCUCCCCUGUGCUCCCCGUCAGCUCUGUGCCACUGGGCUCUUCCCACUUUGGGGUCUCUCAUGGGCUGAAAGGGGCUGAGAGGCUCUUCCACCCACCCCGAACACAGGGACAGGACAGAGACAGUUUGUGGGCAGAGGUCCCAUCCCCUCCUCCAGCCCUGCUGCGGGCUGAAGGCGGAGGGAAAGCAAGGCACAGCCCACCGGACUUUCCCGGAAGGGCAGCAUAGCAUUUCUCACCUCUCCCUCUGCUGUCUCCAAGGGUUUUUCUGGGGGAUUAAGGCUGUGCUGACCCGGCAGCAGCAGGGGGGCUCAGUCAUGGCUUCGAAGCGCCAAGCUUCUUCCUCGAAGCAGCCAGACAGCCGGGAAAAGAAACCGAAAGUGGAAGAGGAGGACGACACCUGGAGCUCCACCUUGGCAACGCUGAAAACUGCUCCCAAGGAGAAGCCGCCUGCCACAAUUGAUGGGCUGUGCCCCCUGAGCACAGCACCGGGUGCUCGGGUCUAUGAGGACUAUGACUGCACCCUGAACCAGACCAACAUCGGUGCCAACAACAACAAGUUCUACAUCAUCCAGCUCCUGGAGCACGAUGGUACCUACAGUGUGUGGAGCCGCUGGGGCCGCGUGGGAGAGACAGGCCAGUCCAAGCUCAUGCCCUGUGCUUCCCUGGAAGCUGCCAAGAAGGACUUUGAGAAGAAGUUUCGAGAGAAGACCAAGAACAGCUGGGCAACAAGGGAGAACUUUGUUGCCCACCCAGGGAAGUACACGCUCAUUGAGGUGCAGCCAGGGGCUGGGCAGGAGGUGGAGGCUACACUCAGGGUGGAUGCCGUGGAUGGGAACAAGGUCUGCAAGCAGCGGGUGCUGCCCUGCACCUUGGACAGCACCACACAGGAGCUGGUGUCCCUCAUCUUCAGCAGUGACAUGUUCCGGGAUGCCAUGCAGACCAUGAAUAUCGAUGUGAAGAAGAUGCCUCUGGGGAAGCUGAGCAAGCAGCAGAUUGCAAGGGGCUUUGAGGCACUGGAAGAGCUGGAGGCAGCGCUGAGGGAGCAGCCCCCCCAGGCCACUCGCCUGGAGGAACUCUCCUCACGCUUCUACACCAUCAUCCCCCACAACUUUGGGCGGGCACGGCCGCCCACCAUCAACUCCCCUGACCUGCUGCGUGCCAAGAAGGACAUGCUGCUGGUGCUGGCUGACAUUGAGGUUGCACAGAGCCUGCAGGCACAGAAAGAGAAGGAGGAGGAGGAGAAAGAAGUUGCCCACCCACUGGAUCAGGAUUAUGCCCUGCUGUGCUGCCAGCUCUCCCUGCUUGACCCAGGUUCCCGGGAAUACCAGAUGAUCCAGACCUAUGUGACACAGACUGGGCACAAACUCCACAUCCUCAACAUCUGGCAGGUGGCCCGAGAUGGUGAGGCUGAGCGUUUCAAGGCCCAUGACCUCCUGGAGCACCGGCGCCUGCUGUGGCACGGCACCAGCGUGGCGGUGGUGGCGGCCAUCCUGAAGAGCGGGCUGCGCAUCAUGCCCCACUCCGGCGGGCGCGUGGGCAAGGGCAUCUACUUUGCCUCAGAGAACAGCAAAUCAGCCUGCUAUGUGGGCCAUACAUCUAAGAAUGUUGGCAUCAUGUUCCUGACGGAGGUGGCCCUGGGCAAGCCCUACCGCAUCACCUGUGAUGACCCCACGCUGUGUCAGCCACCUGCUGGCUAUGACAGUGUCCUGGCCUGUGGCCGGACAGAGCCAGAUCCUGCACAGGAUCAGGAGGUGCUGCUGGAUGGCAAGAAGGUGCUGGUGUGCCAGGGCAAGCCCAUCCCCAUGCCCGCCUACAAGGACUCCUCCUUCAGCCAGAGCGAGUACCUCAUCUACAAGGAAAGCCAGUGCCGGAUCCGCUACCUUGUCCAGCUCCGCUUCUGAGGCUGCCUGGGAGCACCACGGCCCUGGCCCAGCACCAGGAGGGGACACCCACCAGCCCAGAGCACAGUGAUCUGGACUCUGGCCAUCCCACCUGGGGCUUGGCAAGGGACAGGCUGGCAUGGGGACUGAGCUUGCUUUGAUUGUGAAUAAAAGCACUGUGCCUUGCA